AUGUCAGACUUUUACUCAGAGAUAGUUCCUGUUUCAGCCGAAGAAGAAGAGGUAUAUGAAUCAAUUCCCCCAAACCACAACAGAAAAGUAACUAGAAGGGAAGAAAAUGAGGAUGAGGACAUUGUUAUUGAAGAGAUCAACCAUUCGAAAUUGCAAUCAUUGAAUGAGGAGUUUGAAUCCAAGGUACGUGACAAGUUAUUAUACUCAAAUAGGCUGAACGGGAAUGAAAAUAAGGAACUGAUAAAGAAAAACAGGUUGUUAAGGUUCAAGUUUCUGGAGAACGAACUGCGGGCAUUGAUGGUCGAGCUCAAAGAGGAGAACCAAGAAGACGAAAAACCAUUAUUAGAUAAAGUAAACAAAAUGGUGGGCGACAUUUCGUCUUUUAAAUUAGAGCAGGACUUGGACUCUUUUGUCAAUUAUUGGGAUGAAAGGCUAAAGAACGUAUGCAUCCCUAAUUCUAAAGACAAAAAAGUUGAUAUCUUUUCCAAAACCCAAGUAUCUGAUACUAGCGAUGUAGAGUUAGAAUCCAGAAUUGCAAAGUUGGAGAGAAUAUUAGAGUCUAGGAAAACUGAUGUAUCUCUACCUGAUGCAAUAUCUGAUUUGGAAAUGAAAAUUGAAGCAUUUUUAACAAACAAGCAAAAUUUGCAGAAUUUUGAAGAAGAAAUAGGUACUCUCAUUAAUAACUGCGAAGAGUAUAUGAAUAAAUCAAAAACAAUCCAUGACAAGUCUGAGAUUGUCCCACUGACAGAUAGGAAACUAUGUUUUCUAUACGAAAAGCUUAAAAGAUUACCCGAAUUCUCACAAAUGUCUAUGGAACUUGUCUCUCGAUUGAAGUCCUUGAAUCACAUAAUUCUGGAGUCAACCGGUACUAUUGAGUUUAUGAAAAACUUAGAAAAUGACUUUACUAGUAUUGAGUCUAAACUUUCUGCGUGGGAGGAGAAGCUGGAUAGUCUAGAAGACCAGCUUGCUCUUGAUCGUGAUAUUUUUAACAUUUCCGUGCUAAAAUUAAGUGGUUCAAACGAGCUACACAAAGAAUAA